CAAACGGUGUUGAGUUUUCCGACCUGCGUCUGACGUUGAGGUCCCCCAUUCUGCCACCAUCCCCCUCCUCCAUCCUCAUAAUAAGUUGCACGUGCCACAAAUUCCAUUACGCCAAAAAGAUCUUUCUUCCUAUUUCCUUGUGUUGUCCGGAACUGAAAUAGAAAGCAGGCCACCGCUCCCGGCCAUAAUAAGUUUAAGGUUUAAUAACAAAAGGGGGCAAAUUUACACCCUCCUCGCUCCUCGGCCUUCUCUUCAAGGGGACAUGUCCGGGGCCGUAGAGCACGUGGGGUUUCCGAAGAUGGACGCGAAAGUCAGUAGUGGCGACACCCACAACAAUCCCGUGAAGAAACCCGGAGGAGGACCCGUAUCCAUGGAUCACGUCCUCCUCGCAUUGGAGGAGACCAUGGACGAAAGGGAUCUCAGAAUCCGAAGCCUCUUCAACUUCUUCGACGCUGCCAAUCAGGGAUACCUGGACUAUGCGCAGAUCGAGGCUGGACUGUCCGCGCUCCACGUACCCGCCCACUACAAGUAUGCCAAGGAUCUCUUCAAGGUCUGCGAUGCCGACAGGGACGGCAGGGUUGAUUACCCCGAGUUCCGUCGCUACAUGGAUGAUAAGGAGCUCGACCUCUAUCGAAUCUUUCAGGCCAUCGAUGUCGAACACAAUGGCUGCAUUCAUCCCGAGGAGCUCUGGGAUGCGCUUGUUCAGGCUGGGAUAGAGAUUGAUGAUGAAGAACUUGCCCGCUUUGUGGAGCACAUUGAUAAGGACAAUAGUGGAAUCAUAACUUUUGAAGAAUGGAGAGAUUUUCUUCUGCUCUAUCCGCAUGAAGUUACUAUUGAGAAUAUUUAUCAUCACUGGGAAAGGGUAUGCCUUGUAGAUAUUGGAGAACAGGCUGUCAUUCCUGAGGGCAUCAGUAAGCAUGUUCAUAGAAGCAAAUAUUUUAUUGCAGGUGGAAUAGCAGGAGCCGCUUCUCGUACUGCAACUGCUCCUCUUGAUCGCCUGAAGGUGGUGUUGCAAGUCCAGACAACUCGUGCUUGUAUUGUUCCAGCUAUAAAGAAGAUAUGGAAGGAGGAUGGCUUCUUGGGGUUUUUCCGAGGUAAUGGGUUGAAUGUUGUGAAAGUAGCCCCUGAAAGUGCCAUCAAGUUUUAUGCUUAUGAAAUGUUAAAGAGCAUCAUUGGAGAUGGUGCUGGUGUAGACAAGGGUGAUAUUGGUGCUGCUGGAAGACUUCUUGCUGGUGGUAUGGCAGGUGCAAUUGCACAAUUUGCUAUCUAUCCCCUGGAUCUCGUCAAAACUCGCUUGCAGACUUGUGCAUGUGAAGGUGGGAAGGUUCCAAAGCUGGGGAAACUGACAAAAGAUAUAUGGGUUCAAGAGAGGCCUCGGGCCUUCUAUAAAGGUCUUGUACCAUCUGUUUUGGGGAUCAUCCCUUAUGCUGGCAUUGACCUUGCUGCAUAUGAGACAUUGAAAGAAAUGUCAAAGACGUAUAUUCUUCAUGAUGGUGAACCCGGUGCCCUCGUGCAACUGGGUUGUGGGACAAUUUCAGGAGCACUUGGAGCAACAUGUGUUUAUCCAUUGCAGGUUAUCCGAACGAGAAUGCAAGUUCAACGUUCUAAUGAUGCUGCUGCUUAUAAGGGGAUGUCUGAUGUAUUUUGGAGAACCCUUCAGCAUGAAGGUUACAGAGGUUUCUACAAAGGACUCUUUCCGAAUCUCCUCAAAGUUGUGCCAGCAGCAAGCAUUACCUAUUUGGUUUAUGAAACUAUGAAGAAGAGUCUAGAUCUUGGUUAGGGAGUGCUGCAGUUAUGCCGAAAUGAUAAUUAAGCUGAUUCCAGGGUAGUAAAUGGUGACGAUAAAAAGAAUAAGAUUACUGAUCAAGUAGGUUAUAUCAUCCUUUUAUUGAUAUAUGGUAUUCCCAUCAGCGUACGGGGGACAUGAUUUGGUGAUCAGAAAGUUUUUUCCCCACGCUUAUCUGAACUAAUUGUUGAGAAACAUUUUGAUGUCUGACUGCGAGGUGAGAGAGAAUAUAUCCAAUUCCUCUUUCUUUUUA